AUGGUUAAGCUCAAUGUGCUCACGGCCAUUGCGGCGUGGGCUUCGGUCUCCGCUGCUCAUUACCUUGAUGGUAAUUGUCCCCGCGGUGAUGAUGACCUGAAGACCCUUGGAAACAAGCUGUCCAGCUGUGCCAAGGUGUAUUUCCCUGGUUCUACUGGCUUCAAGAAUGCGACUACCCGGUGGUCUGUCUUGGAGGAGCCCACUGUCAACGUUGUCGUUGUUCCUUGCACGGAGAAUGAUGUCGUCGAGACUGUCAAAUAUUCCAACAAGAAGGACCUCCCCUUCCUCACAUAUAACGGUGUCCAUGGAGCUCUUGUAUCCCUGGGCAAGAUGUCUCACGGUGUCGGUAUCUCCAUGAGCCAACUCAGCAGCGUCGAGGUCGCCAAGGAUGGAAAGACUGCCACUAUCGGUGGUGGAACUAUGUCGAAGAUUGUCACCGAUGAGCUUUGGGCCGCAGGAAAGCAAACCGUCACCGGAACCUGCGAGUGUGUCAGUCUUUUGGGACCUGCCCUUGGUGGCGGACACGGUUGGCUCCAGGGUCGUCAUGGUCUUGUUGCCGACCAGUUCGUUUCCAUGAGAGUCGUGCUUGCUGAUGGCACCUUGACUACCAUCGACGCCAACUCUGACCUCUGGUGGGCCAUGAAGGGUGCCGGCCACAACUUCGGCAUUGUCACCUCCCUCACCUCUAAGAUCUAUGACAUCGAGCACACCAACUGGGCCAUCGAGACUAUCAUCUUCAGCGGUGACAAGGUCGAGGCCGUCUACCAGGCUGCUAACGAGUACCUCCUCAAGAACGGUACUCAGCCUGCUGAUCUCUCCAACUGGUCUUACUGGAUGAACGACGCCGACUCUGACCCUAACAACCCCGUCAUCGUCUUCUAUAUCAUCCAGGAGGGUGUCGACACUGUUGACUCCGUCUACACUCAGCCUUUCCAUGAUAUCGGCUAUCUCUCCAAGACCCCCCAGUCCGGCACAUACAAGGACCUCGCUACCUGGACCAGCAUUGCUGUUGACUCUCCUCCUUGCCAGAAGCUCGGAUACGCCAAUCCCCGUUUCCCCAUCUACCUGGAGACUUACAACAUCGCAGCCCAGAAGAAGGCUUGGGAUAUCUACGCCCCUGCCGUCCGUGGCAGCUCCGCCUUCAACAACUCCAUCUUCAUGUUCGAGGGCUACCCCGUCCAAGGUGUCCACAACAUCCCCGCUGAGUCCGCUGCUUUCGCCUUCCGCUCCGAGAACCUUCUUGCCGCCCCUAUGAUCAACUACAUGCCCACCGGUGAUGAUGUUGCCUCCAAGGCUGCUGAUCUCGGUAACCAGCUCCGUGAUGUCCUCUCUGCUGCUACUGGUCGUGAGGAUUUCCGUGCUUACAUCAACUAUGCCUAUGGCUCUGAGACUUCGGAGCAGAUCUAUGGUGCUGAGAAGUGGCGCCAGGAUCGCUUGCAUGCUCUGAAGAAGCAGUAUGAUCCUCAGGGCAAGUUUAGCUUCUACGCUCCUAUUGCUUAG